AUGUGGUUGUUUAACUCGAUAUUUUUUCCUGCUUUUGCGUUUUUAAUCUCAUUUUCAUCAGGUUGCGAAAUUAUCGCGUUUUUAUAUUCAGCACAUCCAACAAGGCGUGUAGGAAGGAAUGAUUCUAGAAAUAUCAUUCAGUAUGAACAAGCAAAAUUAAACGAAGAGUACAAACGAGUAUAUGAAAAUGAAAAGAAGGAAGCAGAAAGUGAGCGCUUCGUUGUCGAAAAUUUCAUGUUGCAAGAACGAGUAUCAUUCCUACCCAUGACCAGUUCAGCAAUGGUAUCUAUAUAUAAGCGUACUGAAUUCAUGGUCUUAUCGGCUGGUAUUGUGCUGUACUGGGUUGUGAUGGUAUUCAUCGGAACGAUAUUAAUAAUGUGCUGCAUAUGUACAAGGUCCCGAACAAAUCGGGAUGAAGAUGGAGAGCUUCGAAAAAACAGAAGAGAGGAUAUAGCAGAAGAUGCAUAG